AUUGUCAAUGAUUUAAACGAUAACGGAAGUUCGGCGCUUUGCAUGCUGGUUAAGGCCUCUUUCUCACAUGUGCUCUCAUCAAAAUGGGAGCCAAGAAGCCGGACCCUAAAGCAGGUGCCAAGGGCAAAGCCCCAGUCAAGAAGAAGGAAGGGGGAGGUGGCGGCAAGGCCAAGAAGAAGAAGUGGUCCAAGGGAAAAGUCAGGGACAAGUUGAACAAUCUGAUUCUGUUUGACAAGGCAACAUACGACAAAUUCAAGACCGAGGUGCCCAACUACAAACUUAUCACUCCUUCAGUAGUGUCUGAGAGGAUGAAGAUCCGUGGCUCCCUGGCCAAGGCUGCCCUUCGUGAGCUUCACAAGGAUGGGAUGAUCCGACUGAUCUCGAAGCAUCACUCCCAGCUCAUCUACACGAGGAAUACGACCGACGAGUGAAGCCUGUACAAAAUAAUAAAUAAACGGUGGCAGCACUACU